AUGUUUCCUGUGACACCGGGGGCGCCAAAAACGAGCGCUGCAACAGCUAGUGCUUCAUCAAUGGUCUCAACUGAGCUUUUUUCUGCACGCGGAAUAAAACCGGAACCGGUUCUUGCCAAAUCUGAAACAACGUUCUCUAGCACUGCUCUUCUCGGCCCGCAAACGUCGGUCGAUGCGCACCCAGGGCUGGGCAAGAUCUCCUGCGUCCAAUUCAACUUCAUUGCCGGUCUGCUCUCCGGCUGGAGCGUGACCAGUGCCAAGGCGGUUUUCAGCCUGUUAGCAACCCUGGUGCGGGCGGAGCAGCUGUUUCGCUUCAGUGACAGUACCACCAGUGCCAAUGGUGGCGCAACUCCAACUGCAAGCGCAACCGAGAACAACCUUGCGUUUUUGCUCGUGACCGUCACCUUCCUCUUCGCGGCCGUUUCCUGUACACUGAUGCAGAACCUAGGGAUCUUUUACUUCGGCGCGUUGCAAUCGUUGCCAUCUUUCCACGGCUGCAGCAUUCUGUUCGAGUGCAGCUACGGGCUGGUGUUCUGGCAGGAAUACGGGUUCUACGAAGCGCGGAACAUUGUCGGGGUUUUCGCCGGGUUUUGUCUGAACUUCGUCGGAAUUUACCUGCUGUCGCGCAUACAGAUUCCGGUGAAAAGUGAGGAGCGCUCUUCUGGCUUUUCGGCAUCCUCUUGUGGCGACGAGGCGACCAACAGGAAAAACAGAAGCCGAGGAGAGGAAAUAGAAGAUCAAGUGUAG